AUGGCAACGAACAAACCAAGAUACGAUUACUACCAGACGGACACCUCGGUCAACGUUUCCAUCUUCGCAAAGGGCCUCGCCGAGUCGGACGUGUCCGUCACCUUUGGCAACCAUAGCCUCUCCGCAAACCUCUCCAGCACGCCACCCCAAUCACUCGAGCUCCAACUCUUCGACUCCAUCGACUCGGCCAACUCGUCGUACAAGGUGCUCAGCACAAAAGUCGACGUCCUGCUGUGCAAGGCGACGCCGGGCAAGCAAUGGACCUCUCUCGAGAUCAAGUCGGGCGAUGCAGCCCCGCCGACUUAUGAUAGCGCGACUGCGGGUGCGGAGUCAGCAGAGGUGGGGGGUAGCAAUAGCCAGGCGGCUCCAGCUGCAGCACCAGCAGUGGCGGCAGCAGGGCGACCACGCUCUAAGUGGGACAAUCUCCAGCUCGCCGAUGACGACGACGGCGAAGAUGGCGAGGGAGCGUCAAAGGCCGCCAAGGGCUCGAGCAAGGGUGAGGGCGGCGUCGAUGCCUUCUUCCAGCAGCUCUACGCGGACGCCGACGAUGACACACGUCGAGCGAUGAUGAAGAGCUACACGGAGAGUGGCGGGACUAGCUUGAGCACGAAUUGGGCUGAGGUGGGAAAAGGAGAGGUCAAGGCUAGGCCCCCUGAUGGCAUGGAGGCUAGAAAGUGGUAGUCGCAUCGCAAGGCCCCCACAAAGAGAGAGAGAGAGAGAGAGAGAGAGAGAGAGAGAGAGAGAGAGAGCAUCAAUACCAGUCGAUCUUGAGAUCACAACGAUUCCAUUCCGUGAAGAUACAGCUCGACCCGCUCAAGCAUCGCUCGCCUCCCCUUGGCAGAUCUGUACCUUGAUGCACUGCUCUCCGUCCUCACCCUUCCCUCGCUUUGUUGCUUCAAAGGCAGCGUGUGCCUCGUCGAACCUGUACCUAUGCGUCACAAUCCUGCUCACGUCAAUCUUACCCUCGGCC